CUUUGUGUACAUCGUGGAGAGAAAUAAAAUGAGAAAAAUAUAAAAUGCUAGAAAAAAAUCAGUAAAUUUUAUUAGAUUCUAUUUGUUUUUCACUGCAAUUUCAUUAAAGUAGACGUUGGUGAUAUUCACAAUAUGAUUUGGCGCAAUUUUGGUCGACGUACUUUACUACAUUUGAUCCGUUCAUCACGACACUGCAGGACGGCUACUUCUCAGUCUGAAGUGAAGAAACUGUACAUGAGAAAUGUUUUUAAAGAUAACCCUUCUGCAAAAUAUUAUCUUCUUACAGUUGUCGCUGUUACUGCUGGUACAACAUACUACGUUUAUAACAAUCAAAAAAAGAAGAAAUUUAUAUUGAACGUUCUUCCAGCUGCCCCAAAUCACUACACAAUCUCACACUAUGAUGAAAUUGCUAAACUAAAGUCUCUUCUUGAAAGGGGUAAGACCGGUAGGUUACACGAAGUACAUAUAUCCGGACCUCCAGGCUCAGGGAAAACGCAAAUAGCACGACUUCUAGCUGAAAGUUUAAAUGAAACCAGGAAGGAAAGUUUUCAAUUUAAAAUAUGGCCAAAGGAUGAAGUAACAACUACUUUGCUUGCUCAGAGCAAGGAGUCAUUAUUGGCAAGUUUAAAACAGCUUGCUAGUAAACUGGGUUGUGAACAAGAUGAAGUAAAGUUGGAGAGCCAUGAUUUAGAGCAGCAGCUGGAUGUAUUUAGUCAAGCUGUUAAAGAGAAAUUAAAGCAUAAACCAUGUUGGGUAUUGGUUGUUGAUAAUCAUGAUGAAAGCAGACCAUUGAGAAAGUGGUUACCAGACUCUGACUGGGGGAAUGGUUAUGUUAUACACACUCUCAAUUCUCAGAAUAUUAGUGUAUCAGAAAAUGAAUGUCAGUAUACACAUUUUAGUGUGAACCAGUAAGUAUCACCUAGUGCUGUGGAAACUCCGGUUUUUCAUCUCCGGCCGAAUUAUAGCUCUGAGCUCCGCCUCCAGCCACAUCAUAAAAUAUUAAAUAAAUGUUUUACGAUCAGAGAACAUUUAUUAAUAUUAUUAUGAAUAACCCUUUUCGCGCUUCCUAAUUAUCAGAUAACAUAACUGACCGGAAACAAAAUGUUCAGUGAAAACACUUAACCACGCAGAAAAUAUCUAUAUGGAAACCAGCCUUGAAAAAUCUUUGACAGUGUUGCAAUUUUUAUAUAGCAUGACACGAGGCAUGACACUAACACUCUCAGACCAUAGUCUCAGACUCCACAGCGCAAUUGUUCGCACGCAAACAAAGUACUCUGUCAUUUUCCAAAGGUUGAUAUUUAUUUGUUUUGUACUUUUUUGGUAUCUACAAGGCAAGACUAUGUAGCGCUAAGUCAGAUGACUUCAUGAAAGCAUGAUGUUUAACAGCAGUUUGCAGUAACUAACAAUCGUUUGACAUUUGUCUCAUUUCAAUUGUUUUCUUGUCAUUUUGCCGGAGUUGGGAAAAUGUAACUCCGGCAUACAAAAUUCUGCUCUAGCGUCAGAAAAACCGCCAGAGCUCCGGCAGAACUCCAACUCCGGCGCACAGCACUAGUAUCACCUUUCAAAAGGACUUAGUACAAUAUACUUGGAAUAAGUAUAGGUUAUUGUCGAUUUCAAGUCACUUUUCAAUGCACGGUUCCCAAGUUCGUUGCGAACUUGCCAGUUACAUUUCCAAGUUCGGAAAUUGGGCGCGAACUUCGCAACAAAGUUCGCAAGUUCAUUCCAAUGUUUGAACUUUGUUUGUAAACAAAUGUUCAAUACAUACUCAAUAAUAACCAAUUCAAUGACAUACAAACUUCUUGGUGGCCUACUGGGCCAAGAACUUUCUAUUGAAUUGUCGAUUUCAACUUGAACUAUGAACAUUUGUUUACAAUAGUUCAAACAUUAAAAUGUACUUGCAAACUUUGUUGCGAAGUUCACACCCAGUUUUUGAAGGAAACAUAUUUUGCAAGUUUGCAACGAAUUUGGGAACCGCACGUUGAAAAGUGACUUGAAAUCGACAAUAAGGCCACAUAAAAAAUAUAGUUGGUUAGCGUCCUCGCCCGCAAACAAAAAAGGCCCCGCUCAAGUUUUUUUUUUUUUAUUUAAAAAAAACCCAACUUUUAUUGAUCAACAACCUCUAAUAUAUGUAAUAUUUCUGUUGACUGUAGUCAAUUGUGCUAAUAAAUUGCAAAAUUGCAUGUGAAAAUGACGGACGGGUAUGAAUUAUAUUUUGAAAUAGAUAAAAAAAAUCUGUACUGCGCAAGAAAAUCCAGUUUCGGACCUAAAACCAAAGCGUUAAAAAUUAGUAUAAAUUUUUAAAAAUAUGCCAGCCUGCCCACUUUUUGGCAAAAGCUAAGGACACUAACCAACUUUUUUUUUAUGUCGCCUAAUUUAUAGUACAGGUUUGUGCGACCGUGGUGUGACGUUUACUUAUCUUACAAUUAUCAUUAACAUAACAUUAACAUGCAUAUACUGUACAACAUUAACAUGCAUACACACCUUAAAGGAAACUACACCUUUCCCAAUUAACAUUGUAAUCAGUGCAACCACAAAUAUUCUAAGUUCACAUGCAACAACCCAUGCACACUACAACUGGACAGCAGGGAAUGGAGGGAUAUUCUCAGUUGGUAAUCUUGAUGUAUAUAAUGAAAAUGUUAUGUUUUAGACAAAUGUAAAGAAAUAAUAUUUAAUAUUCUGUGUUUAGAUUGACAAGUGAGUUUGCCAUACAGAUCUUCUCUGGUAUCACAAGUGAAUCUACUGAUGAUUUGGAAAGUCAGAGAGAACAGCUAGAAUACCUUUUAAAUCUACUCCAAUACAAUCCACUAUCAGUUGCAUGUGCUGCUAUUUAUUACAAGUAUAAAGUUCAACAAAAUAGAAACUACACCCAUGAAAAUCUGUGUACAGAUAUUGAUCAAACUGUAAAACAAUUGCAAGAAAUAGAUCCAGGUUCAAACAAGUUGCAGAUUAUUCAAAGCAGUUCAGUAACAUUAGCUACUAAAGCAUUAGGAGAAUGCUCUCCAGAACUUCUUCACGUUUUCGACUUUCUUGGAUCAUGCAGUGUUAAUAACCCUAUCCCAGUGUCCCUUUUUUCGCACCAUCUGAAAACCUCUACAUACCAUGUGCAAAUGAAGCCAGAGGAAACUGCAGAACAGAUUGUACCUACUGAAGACACCAGCUUAUCAAUGAAUGCAACUUUUGAACAGGAACAUAAUUUGUGGUCAUUCCGUGGUAUAGUUGAUCGUGCAGUGAAAAUAUAUCAAAGAAUCAAACUUGAAGUAGAUGCUAUCAGAGGUUUGUUUGGUUAUGGUGAUGCAGCUCUCGGAGCUCAAUCUAAAUCAAUAUCAGACGGUCUGGAGGUCAUUCGAUCUUGUCCGUUAUUCAUCAUUUCAAAUGAACCAAUGGCAGGUAAGUUAAAACAUAAUGUACAUGCAUUGCGUGUAAAGAGAGUGUGUUGAUCAUCUUUUUGAGGUAGUUUAGAAACAAACAAGUCUAGGGCAGCUUUUUGUAGAAUACUCAUAUAAUACACAUUUGGAGUUUUGGUUCCAACUGGUACAUGAAAAAGAUUAUUUCACGCUUCCAUAUGUGUAUUAUGCUUUCAUGAGCGCGUUUUAUCAACUACUGGCCUCCAACAACACUUGGUACUGGACCAUAGAACUUGCUUGGCACAGACACGUAAUGUGUCAAUUGCCAAUUGUCCAACCUUCAGCUUGCCUAUUUCUGCGAAACUUUCUGUAUCCCAAAUAUUCUGCAAACUCACAGUCUUAUCUUAAACCACGAAAUUUCCUUGUUAAAUCGCGGAUAAAACCACAAUCUUAAAUUUACCAUUUGCAUUUUUUAUCGCAAUGAUACAAAAAAAUUGUAAUUUGACAGCUAAAGGCUUGAUCAUUGGUAUGAAAAAAGUAAUUAAUACAAACCCAAUAUAUAACACAUGAUAACAUACCGUACCAACGUUGAAUUGCCUUUUUUUAUACAUCCAGCAGAAAAUCACGUUUUCUGUCACUUUUAUUGUUGGGGUUAAGAAAUGGUAUCCGUGUGUUGUUAUUUAGAUAUAUGCUCUCAAUAACACUUAUUUUCAUAACGGUAUUUCUUCUUGUUUUUUUUUCUUUUAGAUAUUGAAAUUGUUACAGUUCAUCCUAUUGUACACAAUGUACUCCGUCAAGUAUUCAUGAAUGUUACAAUUCCGUUACUGGAACAACAACAUUUGCUCCUUGCUGAAAGAAAACAUCAACAUAAGUCAUAUUUUGGUCGAAUGCGAAGUUUUGAUCCUCAGUCAUCCAUUGCAGAAUACCGCAGAGGCUUGGGCGAUAUCGCGUCAUUGAAAGUUGAUAAAGGUGUUGGUGAGGAGAAUUUCGGUUCAGAAAAAGCACGAUCAUAUGUUAAUAAUAUUCAUCACAACAAGGAUGGUGAUGAUAGCCCUAGUCAAACCCAGAGUCAAUAUACCUUUGCUCAUUUGCAAGAACAUUUGAGUCGUGUGGUGAAUUCUCUUAGCAACCAUUAUCGUAUUGCUGGUGGCGACGGCAAUGUUCUGGUUGCUAGGACUAUGUUGCUACCUCAUCUUGAAGCAUUACUCCAAGAAAGAAGUUUAACAGCUGCGAGUAGAGCACAAGUGUAUCGCACUAUGGCAAACAUUCAUUUUGAAGUGUUUGGAGAUUAUGCUACCGGUAUGCAACUUUUGAACAAGGCUUAUGCCGUCACUAAGGAGCGUUAUGGCGAGGACAGUCUGGAGAUAGCAGGAAUAUUAACUGAGCAAGCUGAACUCUGCAACACAACAGAGAAACUUGGUCAGAGUAAAUUGUUAUUAGAACGUGCUGUUGAGAUAUAUCAGAAGAAUAUCAAAACUUCGCAAACCAACAAGCAACCAUUCCAGUAUGGUAAAGCUCUUGUUACUUUGGGUGUAACAUGUAGUAGUCUUGGUGAUACAAGUCGUUCUAAAGAUCUACUGGAGAAAGGAUUGAUGGAAUUACAAAAUGCAGCUCCUGACGACCCCCAUGCCAGAGAAAACAAAUGGUUUGCUGCUGAAAUCAGUAGUGCAGUCACAAACCUUGGUCAUGCUUAUCUCUCAUUGGGUAAAAUCAACCAAGGCCGAAAGUUGUUAGAGCUGGCUCUGAUUGGUCACCAGAAUGUACACGGUGAUACACAUCAUGAAGUCAUUCGUACUCUGACUACAUUGAGUAUUGCUCAUGCUAUGCAAGGUAACAGUCAGGAAAGCAAGAGAUUGAGAAAUGAGGCCGGGAAAAUUAAGAAGAAACUAGACAUGAAAGCACCACUGUUUUUACAUUGAUCAACUUUUUAUUGUAUGAUUCCAUUUGCUAUUAAAAAAUUAUUGCUUUGUUGUUGAUAUUAAUAAAUAUAAUUAUAUAGGUCACAAGCAACCCUUACGUAGAGCAUCGAACCAUUUUAGGUUAAAGAUGGCAACAGAGACUAUUCAAUUUAUUAGGAUCAUAUUGUCAGGCUCAGGUUUCAGCUACUGUUCCCUGUGUUCUCAAGCAAAUUGCAACAUUCAACAG